UAUAUAUAUAAACGUUAUCUUUCUCUGUCAUUUUAUUUUUCUCAGUAUAUGCACUGAAAAUCGCCGUCUGUUUUUCUCUUUCUCUGAUUAAUUAUCGUGUUUUUUUCACCGGUGAGAUUUUGGCUAAUAUUUUCGCUCUCUAGUUUUAGGUUUUGGGGGCAUCGAUCAGUAGUCUGCCAUUAGUGGAGAUUGCUAUUUUUUUUGGGGUUAUUGUUCGCCGGCGAGACUCCGUUGAAGUGGUAAUUGUUUUCCGGGGAGCUGCGAGUUGUUGAAUAUUGACGGUGAUGUGUAGAGAGAGAAAGGAGGGUUGAAAAACGGAGAGAGAGAGAGAGAAGCUGUAUGCAUCAAUUUUUCACGUGAUAAAAAGGAGCAUAAAACGAUGCCGCAUCGAACGACCUACUUUUUCCCGAGGCAAUUUCCUGACCGCAAUUCGAGUGCAUCUUCAAAGUUGGUUGAAGAUCACGAGAAGAAAUUUGGGGCCGACGAUGUGAAUCCUCAUCGGGAAGAGGUCACUCUCAAAACGGAUACGGAUAAAGGUGAUGAUACUAAUUGGACUAAUCAAAGUGGUGAUGGUAACAGCAGUUAUGGUGGAUUCUCUCAUGGAGUCACGGGAGAUAGGGUUCACGGAAAGCAGUUGUCCGCCUUUGUGAACUGGCUCUCCGAUAAGAAAAAGAAGGGAAAAUCACAUAGCCACGUCGAUCCCGUGAAGAUCAGAUUGUACGAAAACGACGAUCGUAUCGAAGAGGAAGACGACGCCACCCAGCGACUUUUGCCUCCGCCGCCGUCCACGGCGGCGGAAUGCAAUCGCCGCCACGAUUCGCUGCGGCGGCUGUCGAGUAAUGGGAGUAAUUACGGCAGCAGUUUCGAUCAGGUCCAAGGUAAGGAAAGGGGAUUCGAGAGGCAAAUUUCUUCGCGGAGAUUAUCAAGCGAGGGCAGCACGAGUUAUGCGGGGAGCUUGUUUUCGGGUACUACUCUGGAUGGAAAUUGGUCUUCCACGACCACCACCGGAGUACUCAAAGACUCGAUCGGGGCAAAGGAGGAGGCGGCGGCGGCGGCCGCGGCGGAGGAGGAGACCAUGGAAAAAGUAGGAAAUGCGGCGGCGCAGAGGUGCAAAGAAGGUUAUUAUCUGCAGAUAAUGCUGGCAAAACGUCUCACCGAACAGGCAACACUUACAGCAGAGCCUAUGUUUGUGCAAGAAAGUAGAAAUGGCGAUGGCUUCACUGUUGGUGGAUAUUCCGAUGCUGAAAUAGUUUCCUAUCGUCUCUGGGUCAGUGGUUGCUUGUCUUAUACAGACAAAAUUUCAGACGGAUUCUACAACAUUUUGGGGAUAAACCCUUACCUCUGGUUGAUGUGCAAUGAAUUGGAGGAAGGUAAAAGAAUGCCCUCUUUAAUGGCGCUGAAAGCAAUUGAUUCGAGUGAUUCUUCGCUGGAGGUGAUUCUCGUGGAUAGGCGUGGAGAUUCGCAGCUGAGGGAGCUUGAAGAUAAAGCUCAAGAGAUAUAUUUCUCGGCUGAGAGUACACUUGUUCUUGCUGAGAAACUUGGCAAACUUGUUGCUGUUUAUAUGGGGGGAUCUUUUCCCGUGGAGCAAGGUGACCUUAAUCUUGGGUGGAAAUUGGUGAACAAGAGAUUAAAGGAUUCCUACAAAUGCGUUGUGAUUCCAAUUGGGGAGCUGUCUAUGGGACUUUGUAGGCACCGAGCCAUAUUGUUCAAGAAACUAGCAGACUACGUAGGUUUGCCUUGUCGGAUUGCUCGAGGUUGCAAGUAUUGUGUUUCUGACCAUCGAUCUUCAUGCCUUGUCAAAAUUGAUGAUGAAAGGAAGCUUCCCAGGGAAUUUGUGGUGGAUCUAGUCGGAGAACCAGGAAAUGUGCAUGGUCCAGAUUCAUCAAUUAAUGGAAGUUCACUUUCCUCAGUCCCUUCGCCGUUUCGGAUAUCACAUCUGAAAGAAUUUCAGCAAGAUGUGAGGAAUGAUUUUGAUUGUCGAGCUCUGAGCUCUAAGUAUGCACGUGGCAGUAAUGAUCCAAUAUAUUCAGCCAACAGGGACGAGAAUAAAGAUAUUAUUAUUCCAGAAAAUGCGGAAGAUGCUUCCGGUGAAAGAAUUAUUAUAAAGCAAACUUACAGAGAGGAGAUCGUUGUAGCAGGAAAUGCUGCUAUUGCAAAUCAAGCUGGCAGACAAUUACCCAAAGUAACCUUCACUGAAAACAGAAGUCUAAUGGAGAUUAAUAAUAACUCUCAAGAUAAUGCAAAACAUCAUGCUGGGACAAUUCCUAGGUAUUUGAAUCUAGAACCUUCUCUUGCAAUGGAUUGGCUCGAGAUCUCCUGGGAUGAAUUACACAUCAAAGAACGUGUUGGUGCCGGAUCUUUUGGUACGGUGCACCGAGCUGAAUGGCAUGGAUCGGAUGUGGCAGUUAAGGUAUUAUCUCUCCAGGAUUUUCAUGAUGAUCAAUUGAAGGAGUUUCUAAGGGAGGUUGCAAUAAUGAAACGUAUCCGUCAUCCGAAUGUGGUUCUGUUCAUGGGUGCUGUUACAAGACGCCCCCAUCUAUCUAUAGUAACAGAGUACUUGCCAAGAGGUAGUCUAUUUCGACUGAUACACAGGCCAGCUGCUGGGGAAACUUUAGACCAGAGGCGAAGAUUACGCAUGGCUUUGGAUGUGGCAAAGGGUAUCAAUUAUCUUCAUCGUCUUAGCCCACCUAUUGUCCACUGGGACCUCAAAUCGCCGAAUUUAUUGGUUGAUAAAAAUUGGACGGUGAAGGUUUGCGAUUUUGGAUUGUCGAGGUUCAAAGCUAACACGUUCAUAUCAUCAAAGUCCGUUGCUGGAACACCCGAGUGGAUGGCCCCUGAAUUUCUUCGUGGAGAGCCCUCAAACGAGAAAUCGGAUGUAUACAGUUUCGGAGUAAUUAUGUGGGAGCUCGUUACUAUGCAACAGCCUUGGAAUGGACUUAGUCCAGCCCAGGUGGUCGGAGCAGUUGCCUUUCAGAGUAGGAGGCUAACAAUCCCGCAAGGCACCUCCCCAUUAUUGGUGUCUCUGAUGGAGUCUUGCUGGGCUGACGAUCCAGCACGACGACCCUCGUUUGCCCACAUAGUCGAUACAUUGAAGAAGUUGCUGAAAUCUCCAUUACAGUUGAUGCAAAUGGGGAAAUCAUGACACCGCUUAUUGUAUCUAUUUUUAUGUUUCGUUUUCUUUUUGUCCGUUUCUUUACAUGUAUGAGUAUGUGUUAGCUUGGCUAAAAAAAAUAAAAGGCUUGUAGUGAGCCAUUCUUUUUUGGGGGUGCUGCAUCAAAUAGGGGUGUAGCCAUAGAUCAAAAUAAUUUUAUGUCAAACACUAUAAAAUGAACUAUAUUGUGGUGUGGUAACGAAUCCAUUUCUUUGGUGGAAUUUUAGUGAGUCAAGUUUAUGAAUUAUGAUAGAGAAGAUUGAUUAUGCAAUUAACUGAUUGAAUAAUAUUUUGAAGUCGUCUUUCAUUA